ACGUUGAAUAAAAUCACAGAUUUCUCUGUUGGAGACAUUCUGGAUAAUUAUGCAUGAUAGUGAAGAAAGUCAUCAUGGGAACACCACAGAAUGCAAACAUGUACCCGUCCUUACUCCUUAUCCCCUCAGACAUCAGACAGAUUUGGGUGAGGGGGGAAUAAAAGGUGGUGAGGAAGAGUGAGUGGUAUCGAGCAUCAGGGGGUGAUUAUGGUUAAUUACUACUCUCUGUAUGUGCAGUCUGAGUUCAAAGAAAGUGACUAACCAUGGGCUGUGUGACUGCAGAGCAACAUUUACAAGGCAGACGGCUGAGCGGGGGGGAAACCCUUCACAUAUAGAAGAUGAUGCUGUCGGGUGUUUAUGACAGUAUUUCCAGCAUCUUCAUCUGGACCAGAUCAGGCCCUCCUCCAGCAUGGUGCCUGGGCUGACAGACAGAAGCACAUGUGGGUGGUGCAUAGCCAGCUGUGCAGCAGGUGAAGGUGGGGUCUUGACGAUAUUGAUAUAAACCUGAGUGUUGCGUGUUUAUUGGAAAUUUAAUGGACUGGAAGAUGUCUUAGUUAGGUGUCUUUCCACAGCGAUCAACCAGGACGGCUUCAAUGUAGUUUCGGCCUGAAGUCUUUGAAACAGUCGAAGUUAUGGAACACCAACAUACCCCUCCUGUAUUUUUUUCUCGGUCCCCUUCUCUUUCUCCAUGUGCACCUGAGCUGAUGCUGCAAAACACGGCCACGUGGGACUGACCAAUCAGAAGGAGAGGAGAGCGCCCAGGGUUGCAUGGAAGGGGCGUGGUCAGUGGCGCGGACAGAACUCUGAUUGGCUGGCUGGACGCUCACUCUUCUCUGCUGGCUCAGGCUGCGCGUGGUCCCGCUGGCUUUCACCGUGUACCUGAACGGUUCCUCUCGGUUUAUAAAGCCAGAAGUUUCAUCUUAUAGAGGCAAAGACGAGUGUAGGAAGUAGAAAAGCUCAACCAGGCCGGCGAACUACUGCAACACUAUGGAUACUGGAGAUUGUUCCGUCCGGAAGAAACGGAGACCUUGGACCAUGGACUUCUCCUCCUUCGCCUUGGUUACCGUGGCACUCGCCUUGUGCCAAACGACCGUGGUUCGGGCAGACCCAGUGGACGUAUUGCGGGCCCUGCAGGUUCCCUCUCUCCCCGAGGGCGUGAAGAAAGUCCCCGGCUUCUGCACAUCCCGUCGCUCCAGCUCCCCCGAUCAUGCUUACCGCAUCACCAAGAAGGCCCAGAUCUCCGCCCCCACCAAGCAGCUCUUCUCAGGUCGAUUCCCAGAGAACUUCUCCAUCAUGGCUCUGGUUAAGGCACAGUCUGGUCUCCAGGCCUUCCUCCUCUCCAUCUACAGCGAGCAGGGCAUCCAGCAGCUGGGCAUUGAAAUGGGACGCUCACCUGUUUUCCUGUAUGAGGAUCAGAAUGGCAAGCCGGCCCCUGAGGACUACCCACUGUUCAGAGGCGUCAACCUGGCUGAUGGCAAGUGGCACCGCAUCGCUAUCUCUGUUUCAAAGAAAAACGUGACACUGCUGCUGGACUGCAAGAAGAAGAUGACCCGUCCCCUGCCCCGCGGCAACAACGCCGAGGUCGACACCAACGGCAUCACAGUGUUCGGAGCCCGUCUGCUCGAUGAGGAAGUUUUCCAGGGAGAUAUCCAGCAACUGCUGAUUGCCUCCAACCCCCAGGCUGCCUAUGACUUCUGUGAACACUACAGCCCCGACUGUGACUCCCCACUGCCCAAGACCCAGGCUCAGGACCCCAACACAUACAAGAAGGCGGUCAAUGGAAAAGCAGCCCCCACUAAGUCCACCCCUGUCAAAGCGAAACCCACUCCAGCUAAGCCCGCAAAGUCUGGACAAUACAAACUUGUAGUCAAAGCACCUAUGCCUACCAAAGCACCAAAGACUUCACCAGUCAAGCCAUCAAAAGCCAAGCCCACCGCAGUAGAGAUUCUCUUGUCUAAGAUCAAACCAACAGCAGCAGCUAAAUCUAAGCCCACACCUGCUCCAGCUAAGAAUGGCAACGGAAAAGCAGCUGCAGAGAAGAAAGCAAACGGUGCGGCUAAAGCCAACAACAAUGGAAAUGGAAAAGCAGCUGCGGCAAAAACGAAUGGCAAUGGCAAAGCUACAGCUGAUGCCAAGCCUACAGCUCAGGCCAAAGUGAAUGGAAAUGGCAAUGGUAAGGUUGUAGCUGAGAAGAAAGUCAAUGGAAAUGGAAAAGCCUCAGCAGAAAAGAAGGCCAAUGGAAACGGAAAAGCCACUGUUGCGUCUAAGACUAAUGGAAACGGCAAUGGAAAAGCUGCAGCAGAGAAGAAAGUCAAUGGAAAUGGCAAAACUACCAUUGAGGUUAAAGAGGUUAAAGCCAAAGUUAAUGGCAAAGCUGAGAAUAAAGUCAACGGUGAGGCUAAGGCUAAUGGCAAUGGCAAAGUUGUUACUGUGGUAGAAAAGAAAGUCGUUAAUAAUGGUGCUGCAAAUCAGGCAAAAAUUGAAACCACUACAAAAACAAAGACUGAGAAAGUUGUUAAAGUAGAAAAGACUGUGGUCAGUGCAGCUAAACCAGCUGUCAAGGUAGAAGCUACCAAGGCACCUAAACCCACAAAAGCAUCAAAGCCUGAACCUACAAAACAAGCAAAGGUUGUGGCCACCAAAGCUCCUGCAGAAAAAGCUCAAGUAAAGGCAGAGGUCAAAGAGGUAACCAAAGUUAAAACUGUGGUCACAAAAGUCCCUCUGGUCAAAUCAACGGUGAGCAAAGUAGUGAAGAACGUGGUCGAAAAGGUUCUCGUCCCCAAGAAAGUCCCUGCAACAUCUGCCCCUGUCCGGCCCACUCCACCCAGACCCACGAAAACCAAGAUGGUGGUGGACUCUAAUGUCAAAUCCCUGCACAAACCUUUCCCACCCUUUGGCAAGACUGCGCUGAGUGGAACUGCGGUCCCAGCGAAGAAAAUUACCAACGGUUAUCAACAGGAUGUAGACACUGAAUAUUCCGAGGCUGGCCACACCCCUACAGAGACUGAUUAUUUUUAUGAGGAGACGGUUGUACUGCCAGACGGUGAGGUGACUGGACAAGAAGAGGGCGCUGCACAGCCCCAGGUGGAGCCAGUACUGGGAGGAGAGGAGGUAGAUGCCACCAAGGCAGGCGGUGUGGGCGAGGAGGCCUUCACCGAGGAGUAUGUGACUGGGGACGUGGGCCUUAAGGAAUACGACUAUUCCUACAGGGACUACAAUGAGCCAUUACUGGAGACUGGAGAGGGCGAUGCCAACAUGGGCCCCGCUCUGUCUGCUGUGACAGACGAGGGAGGCGCUGCCGUCAGAGGCCAGAAAGGAGAGAAAGGAGAUCCUGCUGUUUUGGAGCCUGGUAUGCUGAUUGAAGGACCUCCUGGACCUGAGGGACCCGCUGGUCCUACUGGCCCCCCUGGCUCCUCUGGACCUCCUGGCUCUGUUGGUGACCCUGGUGAGAGGGGCCCUCCUGGUAAAGCUGGUCUGCCCGGAGCUGACGGAGUCCCUGGACCUCCUGGAACCUCAGUCAUGCUGCCUUUCCGUUUCGGUCAGAGUGGAGGAGAUAAGGGUCCCGUCGUUUCUGCGCAGGAAGCCCAGGUGGCAGCCAUCUUGUCUCAGGCCCGGAUGUCUCUGAAAGGACCUCCUGGACCAAUGGGAUACACUGGACGCCCUGGACCCCUGGGAAAUCCAGGAAGUCCUGGUCUGAAGGGAGAGAGUGGAGACCCCGGACCUCAGGGCACCAGGGGACCCCAGGGUGUGAUGGGACCUCCAGGCAAAGCAGGAAGAAGAGGCCGUGCUGGGGCUGAUGGCGCCAGAGGAAUGCCAGGAGAAACUGGAACUAAGGGUGACCGUGGAUUUGAUGGCCUUCCUGGUUUGCCUGGUGACAAAGGACACAGGGGCGACAGUGGAGCAAUGGGACCACCAGGCCCUCAAGGAGAGGACGGAGAGAGGGGAGACGAUGGAGAUGUUGGACCCAGGGGUCUCCCAGGUGAACCAGGACCUCGUGGUUUGCUCGGACCCAAAGGUCCUCCUGGAAUCCCUGGACCUCCUGGUGUACGUGGAAAUGACGGGCCCCAUGGUCCCAAGGGAAACUUGGGUCCUCAAGGUGAGCCAGGACCUCCAGGUCAGCAGGGAACCCCAGGAACUCAGGGAAUGCCAGGACCUCAGGGACCCCUCGGACCCCCAGGAGAGAAAGGUCCCACAGGAAAACCAGGUCUGCCAGGAAUGCCCGGAGCUGAUGGCCCUCCUGGUCACCCAGGAAAGGAGGGGCCUGCUGGCACCAAAGGAAACCAGGGUCCCAACGGUCCCCAGGGAGCUAUCGGCUAUCCUGGCCCUCGUGGCAUCAAGGGAGCUCAAGGAAUUCGUGGAUUGAAGGGCCACAAGGGAGAGAAGGGAGAAGAUGGUUUCCCUGGAGUUAAGGGAGAUUUUGGUCUCAAGGGAGAGAGGGGCGAGCUUGGAGUGCCAGGUCCCAGGGGAGAGGAUGGUCCAGAGGGGCCAAAGGGUCGCGUCGGACCCCCUGGUGAGAUCGGACCACUUGGUCUCGUUGGAGAGAAGGGUAAACUUGGUGUACCAGGACUUCCUGGAUAUCCUGGAAGACAAGGACCUAAGGGAUCACUCGGCUUCCCAGGAUUCCCUGGCUCAAACGGCGAGAAAGGAACAAGAGGUCUUGGUGGCAAAUCAGGACCAAGAGGACAAAGAGGACCAACGGGCCCCAGAGGACAGAGAGGACCGAGGGGCGCGACUGGGAAACCAGGAGCAAAGGGAACUUCUGGAAGCGAUGGCCCUUCUGGUCCUCCCGGAGAGAGGGGAUUGCCCGGACCUCAGGGAGCCAAUGGUUUCCCCGGACCAAAGGGACCUCCUGGACCACCAGGAAAGGAUGGACUGCCUGGACACCCUGGCCAGAGAGGAGAAGUUGGUUUCCAAGGUAAAAUGGGUCCACCUGGGCCUCCUGGAGUCGUUGGACCUCAGGGUCCAUCAGGAGAGACCGGCCCCAUGGGCGAGCGCGGCCAUCCCGGACCCCCAGGUCCACCUGGAGAGCAGGGACUUUCUGGUCCAUCAGGGAAGGAGGGCACCAAGGGAGACCCCGGACCUCCCGGAGGCCCUGGUAAAGACGGACCACCAGGACUGAGAGGUUUCCCUGGAGAGAGAGGACUGCCCGGAACUCCUGGAGGUGGAGGACUGAAGGGAAGUGAAGGACCUGCCGGACCUCCUGGACCUGCUGGGUCUCCUGGUGAGAGGGGACAAUCUGGUACUGCUGGACCUGUUGGACCUCCUGGUAGACCAGGCCCUCAGGGGCCUCCUGGACCUGCUGGAGAGAAGGGAGUUCCUGGUGAGAAAGGCCCGAUCGGCCCAGCAGGUCGGGAUGGAGUGCAGGGUCCCGUGGGUCUGCCUGGCCCUGCUGGAUCACCUGGAGUACCUGGAGAGGAUGGAGACAAGGGAGAGGUUGGAGAGCACGGUCAGAAGGGUGCCAAGGGAGGAAAAGGAGAGCAUGGUCCUCCUGGUCCACCUGGGCCAAUGGGUCCUGUCGGUCAGCCCGGUCCUGCUGGUGCUGAUGGAGAGCUUGGACCGAGAGGCCAGCAGGGGCCUUUUGGAGCUAAAGGUGACGAAGGAUCCAGAGGAUUCCCAGGAGCCCCAGGACCCAUCGGACUGCAGGGAUUGCCAGGACCAUCAGGUGAGAAGGGAGAGACGGGAGAUGUUGGACCUCUGGGUCCUCCAGGCCCUCCAGGACCUCGUGGCCCUGCUGGACCCAGCGGUGCUGAUGGUCCUCAAGGUCCUCCUGGUGGUAUUGGAAAUCCUGGACCUAUUGGAGAGAAGGGAGAGCCCGGUGAGGGUGGACCACCUGGAAUCGGAGGGGAGCCUGGAAAGAAGGGUCCUCGUGGAGAACGCGGAGAGAAGGGAGAGGCUGGUCAGCCUGGAACUGCUGGUCCCGCUGGAGGACGAGGACGACCUGGAGACGAUGGACCCAAAGGAAACCCUGGUCCUGUUGGUUUCCCUGGUGAUCCUGGUCCCCCUGGUGAGGUUGGACCCAGAGGUCAAGAUGGUGCCAAGGGAGAGAGAGGAGAAGAUGGUGAACAAGGAGAAUCUGGUUCCCCUGGACCUCCUGGUGAGAACGGACCUCCCGGCCCCCUUGGAAAGAGGGGCCCUGCUGGAACAAGAGGACCUGAGGGACGUCAGGGGGAGAAGGGAACUAAGGGAGACCCAGGUGCUGUCGGCCCACCAGGAAAAACCGGCCCUGUGGGCCCCCAGGGUGUACCAGGAAAACCAGGAACAGAGGGUCUCAGAGGACUCCCGGGAUCAGUGGGUGAGCAAGGAUCUCCAGGACCUUCUGGACAGAAAGGACCUCCUGGACCUCUGGGACCUCCUGGUUUGCCUGGUCUGCGUGGAGACCCCGGUGCCAAGGGAGAGAAGGGACAUCCAGGUCUUAUCGGUCUCAUUGGACCCCCAGGAGAGCAGGGAGAGAAGGGAGACAGAGGUCUGCCCGGGCCUCAGGGAACAUCAGGACCAAAAGGAGAGACUGGAAUGUCUGGCGGCACUGGACCCCUCGGCCCUGCUGGUCCUCCUGGUCUGCCUGGUCCUCAAGGUAUCAAAGGAGCUAAGGGUUCUUCUGGAGGAGCUGGUCCAAAGGGAGAAAAGGGUGUACAAGGACCUCCUGGACCUCCUGGCCCACCAGGCGAGGUCAUUCAGCCUCUGCCCAUCCAGAGGAGUCCCAAGUCCAAGCGGUCAAUUGACGCCAGCCAGCUGCUCCCCGACACCGACAUGCCUGCAUCUGACGCCACCGGCACUGAGUUCCUGAUGGGCAGUGAAGGCAUGGAGGAGAUCUUCGGAUCUCUCAACUCACUUCGACAGGAGAUCGAGACCAUGCGAUUCCCUCUCGGCACCCAGGACAGUCCUGCACGCACCUGCCAAGACCUGCACCUCAGCCAGCCAGAGCUCAAAGACGGAGAGUACUGGAUUGACCCCAACCAGGGCUGCUCCAGAGACUCCUUCAAGGUCUUCUGUAACUUCACCAAUGGAGCAGAGACGUGCCUGUACCCCAGCAAGAGCGUCGACACGGUGAAGAUGAGCUCCUGGGACACUGAGACUCCAGGAUCCUGGUACAGUCAGUUCACCACUGGUAGCAAGUUCUCCUACGUGGACUCCAGCGGCGAGCCUGUCGGUGUGGUCCAGCUGGGCUUCCUGCGUCUCCUGAGCGUCCAGGCCCGCCAGAACCUCACUUACCACUGCCACCGCUCAGUGGCCUGGGCCGACCGGAGCGCCAAGAACAGCUACAACAGGGCGCUGCACCUCAGGGGCGCCAACGACGAGGACCUGAGCUACGAGACCAACCCUUAUAUCAAAGCCUUGGUCGAUGGCUGCUCUUAUCGUAAGGGCUUCGACAGGACGGUCCUGGAGAUCAACACACCACAGGUGGAGCAUCUUCCUCUGUUGGACAUCAAGGUGUCAGACUUUGGGGAGAGCAACCAGCAGUUUGGCUUUGAAGUGGGACCUGUCUGUUUCCAAGGCUAAAACACACACACACACACACACAUCAUGCAAAGAACAACACAUGCAAAUACUCACACACACACACACACACAUGCACUUAGAGACACAUUUAUAUACACUAAACAUACACGCCCAGUAAUUUGUAAAUUAACUUGUAAAUGAUAUGAAACACACACACACACACACACACACACAAACAAACACACACACAUUUACACACGAAGAUGCUGUUGUGAGACAAACACAGUACGUGCCUGGGGAAAGCAACAUCCUCCCAACAAUUAAUGGACGUCACAAAAAGUAAAGAGGAGAGAAAUAAAAAUAAAUAAAUAAAUAAACACUCGCAGAGAAGAAGACCAUCGUUUGGGUGCACAACCGCGAGAAAGGAAGAAAAAAACCAGGAGAGAGUGUUCUUCGGAAUAAAACAGUGUUUUCUUUACCAGCAGCAGAAAAGGGGCCGGCCUGAGAAACACAGCGAGGCCAGACGCCCCCCGUCUCCGAUCCCCCUCUCACUUUUCUCUCCUCCCCGCUGUCUCUCUUUUUGUUUUCCACUCAUCUCACCUGCUCUACCUCCCUCCUCUUCCUCUCAAAAAAAGGGUCACACUCGGACAUUAUUUCCAUUUCUUUGAUCCCACGUUUACUCUGUCAGCAACGUGGUUGACGGUCGCUCUUUAAGGUGCAUGUACGUGUGUUUUUAAAAGUGUUUUGAAUCACAGCUUUGGCAUUUGUUGGACGUUGAUUUAUUUAGUUAUUCAGAUAAAAAAGUUGACGAUCGAAAGCUUUGAAUAAACUUUUUUUUGGAUCCGUUUUGCACUUGCCAGCCAGAACUCCUCCUCGUGGACGAUAUUCAAAGCAGCAGACACCGAAGUCAGAUCAGAACAGAAAGCUUAACUCAUCAGGUCAUCGAGCUUUGUAAGAAAUGAACGAACGUCCAAGUGAUUUGUCAAUCAUGUUGCUCACAUUGAAGAAGAAAAAAAAAAGCUGUUAUCUUGUUUAAUUGAAAGGAACCAAAGAACUGAAGCCACCAGUUUACAUCCAGUAUAAAAAAAGAAAAGUGGGAACUGUGCAAAACUGAUUCCAGCUGGUCUCGUCUGUUAGAUCCA